AUAUAACAUUAAGGUUUCACGCUACAUAUUUAUUGCUAUACAUGAUGUGAAGCUAUGUUUCAUUUGGUUGUUUGCUGAUGUUAAAAAGUUGAUUAUCUAUGAAAGGUUAAAAGUUAAGUUGAACACGAGCGCUGUGCCAUUGAUGUCCCGUGACGCUGCCUAAAGAACGUAGACAUGUUCCUUCGCAGCAUCCCUCUGCUUUUUUUUUGUCUGCCUACCCUAGUCGGACACAUUUUAACGAAUGAAGAGAAAGCUUAUACAAUAUCUCUAUCAACCGGUACAUUAAAAGCUCACAGCUUCACACUCGCCAUUAUUAUAAACCGAUGGAAAAAGCUAAAAUAUUCAAAUUUCAUUUAAAAUAAAAAAAAUAGAGUCUAUAGAUUAAACACUUUGCCUUGUCUCUCUCCCUGACUCCUCUAACCCUUUUCUGUAUUUCUCAAUUGUCAUUCAACAUAACCCCCUUCCCUACUUACCUCCACUUAUGCAAGCAUCUCAUCUCUUUUGAAGAAAAGGUCUGAGUUUUAAAAUAUGGAACCUGUUGCUGGAAAUGUUUCGAAUUCUUAGACGUAAAUGAUUCCAGUUACUAGUGGAGAUUUCUGGCAGCAAACAUUAUCUGAUACACGUUUUUCAUCUCAGAAAUCUUCAUCAUGGAGGUGGCUAAUCAACUGUCCUCCUUAUCUCCGACUAUACGGUUGGCCGUUAUUGCUGGGAUGACGGCGCUAACGGUCCAGAUCAUAAGAUGGCUUGUCUGGUACCGCAGUUUUUUUCGCUUCUUUAACCAGCUUCCUGGUGAAACAGACUUCAGCUGGGUCUGGGGAAACUUGCACAAGACGCACUCAUACACUCCAGAACAGCGGAUUCGGUACUUACUCGAGUCUUCAAAAAAGUACCCGAAAUUUUUCCGGAGGUGGAUUGGCCCAUUGAAACCUGUCAUUGUUUUGCACCAUCCAGAUACAAUGAAGACACUUCUCAAAAGUUCAGAGCCUAAAAGUCCCGGGUACAAGUUUGCAUUGCCAUGGCUAGGAGAAGGUCUGCUGAUCACCAACGGACCUAGGUGGUACAGAUCUCGCCGUCUGCUCACACCAGCCUUCCACUUCGACAUCUUAAAGCCAUACAACACCAUCAGCAACCGCGCUGCCGACGUGCUGUUGGACAAGAUGAGUGUCCAUGCUGUAGAGAAGACCAGCAUGGAGAUAUACAGCUCCGUUAGUCUGUGCACACUUGAUGUCAUCCUACAAUGCGCCAUGUCCUACAAGGACGACAUUCAGCUAAAGGGAGAGUCUCACCCAUACGUACAGGCAGUUAUGCAGCUGACAGAAAUGUGGAGUGAAAGAGGGAGAAAUCCAUUGUUUGUCCUGGAUUUCAUCUACUUCCUGUCGAGCCGCGGGAGAAUGUUCAAGGCACACUGCAACUUUGCCCACAGUGUUGCCGAAAAUGUCAUCAAAGCUCGCAAGGAGCGUUUGGAAAGAGAGGGACCACCCAAGAAAAGACACUUAGACUUCCUGGACAUCUUACUGACAGCUCGGGACGAGUCAGGACAAGGCUUUACACCGCUGGAGAUUCGGAAUGAGGUCGACACAUUUUUGUUUGCAGGUCAUGACACAACUGCCAGUGCCAUUGCCUGGACACUGUACUCGCUGGCCCAGCAUCCACAGUAUCAGCAAAAGGUUCAGGAGGAACUGGACUGUCUGCUGGCAGGUCGCCAGUCGGACGACAUUGAAUGGGAGGACCUGCAGAAGCUGGAGUACCUGACCCAGGUUAUUAAGGAGGGCAUGCGCUUGCACAGCACUGUUCCCUUUAUCGGCCGACAGCUGACCAAGCCCAUGACCAUCGAGGACGUGACCCUUCCCGAAGGCACUUGGUGCUCUUUGAACAUUAUGGGUCUUCACCACAAUCCUUUGGUGUGGUCAGAUCCCGAGACCUUCGACCCGGACAGGUUUCAUCCGGAUAACAUCAAGAACAAAGACACCUACGCUUUUGUGCCGUUUUCAGCAGGACCCAGGAACUGCAUCGGGCAACACUUCGCCCUAAACGAGCAGAAAGUGAUCAUCGGACGAAUACUGAGAAAAUUCAAGCUGACUGUGGACCCCAACCACAAAGUACAGAAAAAGAUUGCAGCGGUCACGAGGCCAGCGACGGGUCUGCGGCUGUUGUUGACUCAAGGCCUGCAGCAGUCUAGCGUGACAGAAGUCGUGUGGUGUGACCGCAGCAUUGCAGCCUGAAUAAAGCAGAAAACACAGAGGAGAUCGUGAAAGAGUCAAAAAUGUAGACACCAAACUCACGACGAUUUCACUUUUCUUGAUUAGGGGGAGCUUCAGCUUUAUUAUUAUUAAUGCUCUUCUUACUAAUCACUCAGAACUAGAAGAAAGUAUAUCGUCUGUUUCCUGCUUAUGACAAUAUCAGGGAUUCAAAAGUGAAAUAUAAUAAUAAAAAUGAUAAGCAGUCUUGAAAAUAGAUAACAUAUAUGACAGUUAUUAUGGGACAAAAAAAAAAAAAAAAAAAAUGAACAUCAAAACAGAAUGACGAAGACAGUUUUCUACGCGAAGCAGUGAUCUAGUCACGAUUCCUCCGCUUAACAUGAAGAAUCGAACACUGGUCUGGUCAACAAGAAAGUCGGCCAAUAAUAUCCAUACCUAAUGUUUUGUUUAUAAACGGAUGAUUUGCCUAUUGCUUUCUUCCUGAUGUAAUCAGAAUCACUUUAAAGGUUAAAUAUUUCAGUUAUUUUUGUGCUUACUGUUUUAUCGUUCUCACAUAUGUCUUUUGAAGGUGUACAAGUCUCUUCUUUGUUUUUUUUUUUAUUACUCGCUUCAUCUAUAGACCCCUCUCCAAGCGCCAAGAACAAACUCACAGCUUCUACCCUUUUCUCGGAAUUUCAUGAUCUGUUGGAUUACAACAAUUCACCCAAUGGAUCCACAGUGUUUCUUGGAGAUAUUAAUGUGAACUUCACAGCUGCCGCAAGUUUUUAGUGAUUACUUCACUAACAAGAUAUCAGACGUUUGAUCAUCAUUAAACUCGAUGUCGGCGCCUGAACAACUCUUACCCACUUUCCAAGAUUCUAAGAUCAUAGAGAAAGUAGUUUUGACAUAGCUGUGGACCUUAGUACAAGAGCACCAUUUUAUCCCCCAAGCAAAGUACUGAAACUUCUCGUCAGUCUGCCCAAUCGCAUGAUGGCGGGUGAAGCCAUCAUCUUUACGCCAUUCGUCAGGAAUUCAUUGUCAUUGUCACUACAGACAUGACUAUUGAUCAAAAAAUAAAUAAAAAAAAAUCCAGAUGUCUGUGGUCCUUAUAACCGUAAGAUCCGCGCCAUCUGUCACAUUCUCUCUGUCCACCCUGCCAACACUCUUAUCUGUGCGUUUGUACUUUCUUAGCUUGCUUACUACAACUCCUUGCUUGCAGGCUGCCCCUCAUAUCCUCUUCAAAAAGU